CCGUCCAGUGAGGUGCAUGCAUCCUUGGUAGCUACCCGAGGUUAUUCAGGUUCGUGGCCGUUGGCCACGACACGUAUCCCUGCUCGACCACUUGUAUGUAUGACAUCCCGCGGACAGGUUACAUGUUGCCCUUGGAUCCGUAGCGGCCCUUUGGAGCUGCUUACAGAUAUUCCGCAAACCGCUGGGAGUGCGUGUGUAUAUAAAGGCAACAUGAGCCCCCCGAAUCCCAGUUGCAGCAGCACAAUCGCUUCUAUCGAACCCAGACACGAGUCGAACCACCAUGUCGCAUGGAAAACAGUUCACGUUGUUCACGCAAACCAGUGGUCCCAACGGCUGGAAGGUCGCAUAUGUCCUCGCCGAGCUGGGCUUGGACUACGAGUCGAAAUACCUCGAUUUCAGCAAACUGGAGCAGAAGGGCCCUGAGCACGUGAAAUACAACCCGAACGGACGCACCCCGACGCUGAUAGACCAUGGGAACAACGACUUCGUCGUAUGGGAAUCGAACGCGAUCAUGGUGUACCUCGUUGAGAAGUACGACACUGAGCACAAGAUCUCAGUCUCGGACGCCGACGAGAAAGCCCAGCAACUCCAGUGGCUCUUCUUCCAAGCAUCCGGCCAGGGCCCCUACUACGGACAGGCAGCCUGGUUCAAAUUGUGGCAUCCCGAGAAACUACCCAGUGCCGUUGAACGCUACCAGCAGGAAGUCAUCCGUGUCCUCGGCGUACUGGAGGGUGUCCUCUCCAAGCAGGAUUGGCUUGUCGGUGGGAAGUGUACCAUCGCCGACAUGUCCUUCGUCCCUUGGCACUCAGCUCUCAGCAUGUAUAUGGGCGACAGAGCUGACUUCAACCUCGAGCGAGACUUCCCUGCCGUCAACAGGUGGCAUAACGCUGUGGUGACAAGGAAGGUGAUUGCCGAGCAGAUACAGCUGAGAGACUCUCUUGUGGCGGCGCAGGUAUAAAGUUCGUAGUCUAGCCUAUAAACGUUCAACGUCGUCUUUGAUACAUACAAUCAAGCAAUGACUGUCUGAGACCGUGCGU